AAAAAAAAAAAAGUCGACAAAAAAUCUUAGCAGUCACAUUUCGGGUUGAAAGGCGAAUGUCGGAGUUUGUGUCGCCUUUCAGUUCAGUGUGCUCAUUCAACCUCUCACGAUAUGCUCAUUGCAACGGUGCCAGAGUCCGCUGGUUCAAAGCCUGCUCUGUCUCCUCUUCGGCUGUUCCUACUCACUUUUUGCAUGGUUGGAAUCCAGUUCACUUGGACCGUAGAACUCUCGUACGGCACUCCAUAUUUGCUUUCACUAGAGCUGUCAAAGGAAACGACGGCCCUGGUGUGGCUUGCAGGCCCAAUGUCAGGACUGCUGAUGCAGCCUUUGAUAGGAGUUCUGAGCGAUCGCACUACUUCUAGAUUUGGAAGACGCAGGCCUUACAUCGCUAUAGGAAGUGUGCUAGUUUGUUGUUCAUUGUUGGGUGUGGCAUUCGCUCGUGACAUUGCAGCAUUUAUGAUCAAUAUCUUGGGCAAAGAGGCUGAAGACCCUCUUCAUUACGCUAGAAUUAUCGCAAUUGUGCUCUUAUGGAUCCUCGAUUUCGUUUUGAAUGCGGUACAAGCAUCGUGUCGAGCUCUCAUAGUCGAUGUCCCACCUGUAUGGCAACAAGACGCAGCGAAUGCUAUGGCAUCUUCCAUGUCGAAUAUCACCAUGGUUUUCACAUACAUUGUCGGCUUCCUGGAUCUCACUGCAUACCUUCCGGUCGCAGGCGACUCGCAAUUCAAGGUUCUUUGCGUGAUUGCAAUAUUCGUGUUCCUGGUAGCUCAGUCUGUUACAUGUUUAUCUAUAACAGAGGAGGUGUAUGAUGUUAUUGAAGCAGAUUCAACAUCGUGGCAAGAUACAGCAAGGCAGGUUCUCCAUUCUUUCAAAUCCCUUCCUCGACCUAUACAAUUGGUAUGCAAUGUCAUCUUCUUCGCGUGGAUGGGAUGGUUUCCAUUCCUCUUCUACAGCACCACCUGGGUAUCAAGUAUUUAUUUUCAAACUCACCCAGAUAAAGAUUCAAGUGAUUGGGCUAGCGGAGCAAGGGCAGGGUCGUUUGCGCUAUUGUGCUAUGCCAUUGUUGCUGUGAUCUCUGGCAUACUUCUUCCGGCGCUGACCACUCAUUCCAUUCGAAACGUCACUCUAAAGAAUGUGUGGACCUUUUCAUUAUUGGUCUUUUCAAUCACUAUGAUCUCAACUUGUUUCGUUUCUACUGUUAGCGGAGCAACCGUCAUACUCUCACUCCUUGGCUUAUCAUGGGCUUGCAUCAUGUGGAUCCCGUUUGCGCUCAUCGGAGAGUACCUUAAUAUCUACAAUGAUAGCCAUCGUGCCACAUAUCAAGAACCUAUCCUACCUAAAGUGACAUACGGAGCACUCCACCGCGCUAGAAUAGGUGAAGGGAGCGGCAGCUUGGAUGACAUGGAAGCCAAUGAUGUAUCUCGAAAUAAUGAUUGGCUUUUGUGCAGUCAAUGCGAAUCCGGUAUGGUUCUGGGGAUCCUCAACAUGUACGUUGUGUUUCCACAGUUUGUGGUUGCCAUCAUUGCCUCGGCCAUCUUCUACUUUGUUGAUUUGGGUGUAGGAGAUAACCUCGAGGAUAAUACCACAUACAAAGGUAUCUCAAUACUCUUACAAUUUUCGGGAAUCAUGGCACUUGUAGCCACUGGGCUCAGUAGAUAUGUCAUAGAUGUGGAGAUUGGUCCCAAAAAAUCCACUUAGAAGGCGAAUUAGCAAAAUAAUGAGAUUAGCAUGUUACGAAACAUAUAUAAAAUAUUUAUGUCAGUAUUUUGAGUAAAUAUACUGGAAGUUGGUAUCA